UUGUGUAAAUGAUUGUGAAACAAAGACUUAAAUGACGCUCUGCAGAGAUUUUCUGUGUAACAAUACUCAUGAGUACGGAAGAGACUCUGUUGAAUCUCGAUUUCGACAAACCGAAUUCAACCAUCGCACCUCCCGAUGACGGCGUGGUAUCAUUAUCGAGCAGCGCUGAAGAGAUUUAUUUAGUGCCAGAGAUCGGAUUCGAAGGCAACGUGGAUUCCCCAGGCUUAAGCCGGGAGUCGCAGCCCCUUCUGGGUAGUCGCAGUGACUUCGAAGUAUCGUGCAACCAUUUUCCAGAUGAUCCACAGUUCAGUGAGCUGGUGUGGCAGGCGGAAGUGGCAAUCGAUAAUGGCAUAUACCCUGAGCGGAUAUAUCAAGGUUCCAGUGGUUCUUACUUUGUCAAGAACCCUGGUGGGAAAAUAAUCGGCGUAUUCAAGCCUAAAGAUGAAGAACCUUACGGGCGGCUGAACCCUAAAUGGACGAAAUGGAUGCACAAGCUUUGCUGUCCGUGCUGCUUCGGUCGUUCUUGCCUAAUACCCAACCAAGGCUACUUGUCGGAGGCCGGCGCCAGUCUCGUCGACUCCAAAAUAGGCCUUAAGAUUGUGCCAAAGACGAGGAAAGGAUCAUUCCAAUUAUUCGUAGAGGGCUACAAAGACGCCGACUAUUGGCUGAGGAGAUUUGAGCAGGAUCCACCACCAGCACCCGUCAUGAGAAAGUUCCAACUACAGUUCGAGCGUCUCGUGGUACUGGACUACAUUAUUCGGAACACCGACCGCGGCAACGACAACUGGCUUAUCAAGUAUGAUGUGCCGCAGCACGGCGACCACUUGGACGCGAGAGAGCCAUCUGGCAGCACAGAAGUACGGAUCGCGGCUAUCGACAACGGUCUGGCGUUCCCGUUCAAGCAUCCGGACUCAUGGCGUGCGUACCCCUACCAUUGGGCAUGGCUGCCGCAGGCCAAACAACCCUUCAGCCAUGAGACCAAGGAACUCGUUCUGCCGCUGCUGUCGGACAUGAACUUCGUACAAGAGCUAUGUGAUGAAUUGCACAUGUUAUUCAAGCAAGACAAGGGUUUCGACAAAGGCCUAUUUGAGCGACAAAUGUCGGUAAUGCGGGGCCAAGUGCUCAACCUGACGCAGGCUUUGAAGGACAAUAAAAGCCCAGUGCAGCUCGUACAGAUGCCCGCCGUCAUCGUCGAGAGGUCGAAGAGUGGGUCUACGUCGUCACGUUUCUUUGACUCAUUCCAACAGCGUUUCCAGCACAAGUCGCCAUUCUUCUCCUGGUGGUAAAAGCUAAGUCAGAUUCCCUACAAAAGAAACAAGGUGAUAGUUCCACAGAGAUGCUGAUGUAAUAAUAUGAAACUAUGUUAACAAUUGUAUGUAUAUUAUGUAUGUAUGUAGUUUAGCGCAUUUUUAAAAUUUAAUAAAUAAAUAAUUGUUAAUUUAAGUACUCCUG